AUGUCAUCUUCAUUCAUGGCUGAUAUACAACAGGUGCUAAUUGAACCUGCUCAGGACUCAGACAGUGUCAGUAGUACAUUCUCAUCUUCAUCAGAGGAGUUGUUCAUUCCAUUGGUGUCAUCACCAUUCCUUCAACGUGAAACAUUGGCAAUCGAUCAUUUUGGAGACUCAGUCACAACCGCUCCCGUCACAGUGACCACUCGCGUCCCAACAUCAACACCUACAACCACGUCCACAUCGACUACAACAUCGACUACCACAAGGCCAUCAUCGGCUAUAACUGCUGCGGUUUCAAUAUCCUCCGCCGCAGCCACUUCGGCCACAUCAACAACUUCGGGCUUCCCAGUGUCCAACCUUACAUCUUGCUUCAACGUCUCUCGAUUGUUAUAUAAUGAGAUCAACUAUGCAAGGAAUCGCAAAUGGACUUGGCAUGGUGGACAUGGCAACGGCAGUCACCCGCACGACGAUGACAGUGACAGUGACAGUGACAGCGAUGAUGACAACCCCACCAACUCGACUACCCCGCCACCAAGGCCACCACUGGACUACCCCGGUUGGAGCCGGAUGCGCAUCAAGCUCGACUACACAUACAUGAGCCCCAACCAAUCACAGGGUGGUGGAGGCGGUGGUGGAGGUGGAGGCCCGCAGCGCCCACCGCUACCUCCAAGGGAUUGCCACAAGGUCAAUGACAUUAUUACAUUUGGUGACGUUAAUCGAAAGUCACCUGUGGAUUGCCGAAUCCACAAAGUCGCCUGGAACUGCUUCAUCCGCUGCACGGCGGACGACAUUGUCAACCCGCGUCUUCAACGCUUCCUCCUGAACGACGCGCUGCCAGUGGCCGCCGAGAUCAUACAGCAGCUGAUAUAUAUACCGACACGCAAGACGCCACUGCGGCUCAACCCUCGCAUACUGAGCCUGACGAACAAUCAAUGUGGCGACGGCAAUGGCAUCGUUAUCCCGCAGGACGUCAUUGAGAAUGGCGUGCCAAACACCGACCUGCUCAUCUAUGUGACGGCGCGGCCAAUGCCCAACACGGAGGUCAUCGCCUUUGGCAUCCCGUGUAACUUUGACGUGGACACUGAGAGCUACGGCCGUCCAGUGUUUGGACGACCGCUGGCCGGCUACAUUAACCUGGCCCCACAACAGUUGAACAAACUCAGCCAGUUCAAGUCGCAGGGCGCACUUACCCAGGCCGUUCAAAUCACUCUGCACGAAAUGAUUCACGUGCUUGGAUUCUCUCCCAAUCUCUACCGCAGCUACCUGGAUCACAAUGGAGUUCCACACUCCAAUCCAGUCACCCAAACACUGCUUGGCGGUGUCAACCCACGAGGCGUGUUUAGCCAAAAGAAUGUGACCAAACUCUCCACUCCCAGGCUUGUCCAAUCAGCGCGAGACUACUACAACUGUCCCACCUGUGAUGGUGUCGAGCUUGAGACCGAAUGUCUCUCUGACAUUGAAUCCCAGGGUGUCGGCACUCUCAAUCCAUUGUGCGCACAUUGGGAGUCCAGGACUGCAUACACUGAGAUGAUGACAUCGCAGGAUGAUCCAAAGAAUAUACUCUCACUGUUGACUGUGUCACUGUUGCAGGACAUGGGAUGGUACGUCGUGGACACCAGCAUGACCCAAGAGAUCAAGUGGGGACAAGAAGAGGGAUGUCAAUUCCUAACAGAACGAUGCGAGAAAUGGAACAAGGGAGCCGAGAAGGGAUACUUCUGUAACACAACAAAGCCAGCCACCAUUUGGAGCCACCAACAAAUUACACAGAGAAAGUGCACUCCUGAUGCCAGGGGCAUUGGACAUUGUAACUUGCUAUACUACAACAAUACCAUCAUCCCGCCCUACUUCCAACACUUUGCCAACCAAUCGUUGGGCGGCCCACCCAACACUGACUUUUGUCCAUUCAUUAGCUCGUCAAAGGCACGCGACCCCUUCCAAGCGUCGCUGUGCGCCAGCCACAGCAGCACCAACAACAAAGGACAAUCAGGUCCGGAUGAUGACAGCAGCCGAUGCUUCACCAUCACCAACGCCACAUUCGAUCUGCCAUGGUGUUUCAAGACGAGAUGCAAUGGAAACACGCUCCAAGUUAAACUGGGAGACUGUUACAUUGACUGCCCAAAGGAUGGCGGCGCGAUCCAGGAUCGCGACAAGAACUCCAACCUCCAAGUGCUCGGUCUGUCACUGCUGUGUCCGCCCAGCUAUGUGGUCUGCAAGCCCAACCCUAUACCAAGCAUCAUGGUGCCACGUGGAUCGAUCAAAGCCAAUCUCCCCUCAUUCUGGAAGGCCAACAAGUUCAUGAUUCCAGUGGUGGUCGCUGGAGGACUAAUAGUAUCGACUGGCGUCGCUGGAAUGGUAUUCUAUCUCAAAUUCCUCAAGCCCAAGGUACUCAGCAGUGGCAGUGGUGGAUUGAGUGGCGGUGGCAGUAGUAACGCAACAUCAGUCAAUGGUCCACCAAUUAGUAAUGAAGAUAUUGAGAUGAAUGAGCAACCAUAA